AGGGAAUAUAUUCAGUGAAGCCCGACUGACUGUGAGGGAUUGCACCGGGAGAAAGUUCUUUGAAGCCAGUUUUGAAAACCAAUAGCCAGAAGAUGGCAGCUAAGUGUGGUCUAUUGCUGGUGAUUGUUGGAUUUCUAACACAAAUUUAUAAUGUUCAUCCUUUUCCUGAAAGUACUACCUUGAGUCCGGAGAAAUGUGCAGAAUUGCACGAUAUCGAUAAGAUGAUCCCGCUCAAUGAUAUCCUCAAUGAUAUUCUGGCUGCCAAUCAUUACGACCCCGAAGUAAAGGAAGCCUUCAACCACCUUGCUUCCCCACAGUUCAAAGCACUAACAGAGAGGUUGGAGGGCCGGGAGGAGUAUAAGUCUUUCAUGAAAUUCUGCAAGGACAAUAAUCUGAGAAUUCCGGAGGCAUUCACCUUCCUCAAAGGUGUUCUUCCAGCUUUGGUGAAGCAAUCCGAUAGAGAGUCGUUUCCGGGAGUUAAGCCAGAGGAAAUAGUCGGAGGAAUCCAUGGCCUCAUCAUGAGAAUAUUUGAUAGCAGAUUACCAAUGAAGGAAAUCCGUACUUGCUUCAACGAAAGGAUUGCCUGUGAUCCGAAAUUCAAGGAGAAAGUCGAGAACCUACGUUCACUGGAAUUUAAGAAAUUGCUGAACAAACUUCGGGAAACACAAGAAUACAAGGAAGUGGUUGAUGACUUGGAGGAAUAUAAGAUCUACUUCAACGUCUACUUGAACGUUAUGUUAAGCUAUUUUGAUAUCAAUCAGUAAAUUUAAAGAGCUCUGAAAAGCGCUAAACAUACCCUUAAGCUUUAAAUGUUGCCACAACUUUACUAAAUAACACAAGUUUUAUUAAUAUAUGACAUUUAAUCAAA